AUCUUGAUUAAUUAUAAAUUCUGCAAAUUUGUUUUAUUUGAAUAUUUGAAAUUUAUUUUUAAAAUGAGCAAACUAUUUGUAUGCAUUGUAUUUGUCGUGAGCAGUUACUUGCUCAAUUGUGUUUGUGAUGAUAACUUGGAGUUUGAUUCGUUUGCAUGACUACUGUGUGUCCCCAAUAAGACGGACACAUCUAUUGUGGAUAAAGUGGUUGAAUGUAAUCACAACGAAACCAAAUCAACCGAAAAGAUUGCGUUAGAAAACAAAAAAGCCGAUGUGAGCGCCUACACCAAAGUGGACCUGGAUAAUAAUGAACGCAAGCUGGUGUUGACACUAUAUUGCAAUCAAAAGUUUUUAGAAUGUGGUGCACAAGAGUUUAAGAAUAACCAAGCUUUUAGGGACCUCCAAGUACAGAUUAACAAGUUGGAAAACAAAACUGAGCAGGAGAUAUAUGAU